GUUUAUGUCAAAUUUUUAGUGCAGAUUGUAAUUAAAAGUUAUUUCACACAACAAUUCCUAAUUUAUGUAGCAAAUAGUUUAGUUUCGCCACAAACUUUUGACAAUUUAAAAUGUCUAAACGUUUUGAACCGAUGAAAGAAUUUGGGCGUUCUAUGAAAAAGCCAAAACUGGACAUAAGUAUUAGCAGUAGAAGUACGUCGGAUGCAAGAGCACGACCUACGUCUUCGAAAGCACCAAUCGUGCGAAAUGUGUCACCAAUCAAAAGUAUUACUAAUGAUUUCUGGGAUGAUGAUGACGACGACGUCAUCUUACUGGCCACACAAGUGGCUGAAGCAGCAGUCGCUGCCGAAAAGGGUUUUAACCAAAGAACAAUGCAACAGCAGCAGUACAAUGGAAUGAAUCUAACCGAAAGCGAAAUAACGUUUUCAGAAUUUGCAAAUGCAGCUACUACAAGUACACAACGGCAAGUUGCAACUGAAAUACCAGCACCAGAUAUUUUGUCACAAAUGUUUGAAGAUGACGAUGAUGACUUUGAACUAUUGGCCGCUGUGCAAAUAUCAGAUCCGGUCGUUUUUAAAAAGCCUGCACCACCGCCACAAGCAUCACAGUCAAGUGUUCCAACACAAAAGCCGAAACCCAAUGUUCCUCAACAGUGCUCAGAGGAUGCUAUGGAAUUUGUAUUAUCCCAAAAUACCGGGCCAGAGUCAACAUUACCCUCCAGUCAAAGUGCUGCUCGCAGACAAUUGGCAUCGGAGAGACAAAUCAAAUUUCUAAUGGAGAAGGUCGACGUUUUAAAAAAAGAAAACUCCAAAUUAAGCAGCGAUCUGACAGAGGCAAAAACAAAAAUUUCUUCUAAAGAAGGCGAAUCAUUAUUGCUGCGCGAUGAGCUACGUCACCUAAAACAACAGGCUCAAAUAUUGAAAAUGGAAAAGAUUUUAACCGCGCAAAAUGCUCAAAACGAAUGUCAGUCAAAAAUGGAUGAGUUGCUAAAGACCGUACAGGCGAAAGAGGCCGAAGUCCGUAUGAAAGAAAUGGAAUGUUCUUUAGUUAAAAUGCAAUAUGAGGAUGAUUCAGAGCGUCUACAACAAAGUAUAUGUGAUGAGUCUAUCAGACAAGUGCAAAUUAAACAAAGACGGAAAGACCCGCGUGCUGUCACAUCCUCGUCAAGCAAACAACAGCGACGCCUGGCAAAGUGUCUUAUGAGAAUGCCAAGUUUGGAUGUAGGUACAACGUUAGCAACUCAAUUGGAAGAAUGUAGCCUUAGCCAAAUUCAUCCCAUGAUAUAUGAGCAUUCAUGGGACAAGGGUAGUUCCAAGAAGCAAAGAACUCUAUUCCAACUUGAAUUGGAAAACAUACAAACAAAAUUGGCCCAGCUACAACUAUUAGGAGUUGAAAAAUUGCCAGAUAAUUUCUCAAAAUGCUGCUUAGACUCUGUUAGCAAAGUUUUGCCCGAAUUUUGGUCUUACAUUCAUAGUUUAGAGUUUCCCAAGAAUCGUCGUAUACAUCCCUACCACGAUUACUCUCUUACCAAUGCGAAAUCUCCUACAAGAGGUGAUGAUUAUGUACGUUGUUUACAAGAACCCGCCGAAUUAUACGACGAUGAACGCUGCAUAUGUUUAAGACUUUACAUUGCGGCUUUGUCCAUUAUUUGCCAACAAGUGCCGGAGUUAACAUGCUCCCUAUUGCAACACAAACAUGGUGAAUAUUAUCUUUUGCAAAUUGUCACAGAUUCGGUAUCGAAACUGGGAUUUGCCCGUGAAAUUUGCGAACACUUUGGAGUGUUGGAAGCUUUAGCUGUUUGGUUAAACAGCUUACUGCUUCACGUAUCGGCGACAACGCCUGUAAACUGUUUGGAAAUGUUGGUUGAUCUCUUGAAGUCGUUGGUAUUUUCUCGCCCUAGCGCCUGGAUUUUCAGGGAACUAUCAAUUGGUUUAAGGCAAUGUUGUAGAUUGCCCAAUGCCUUGGAACUUGUGUGUGUCAAUAGUUCAGCAUCGACAUUUGUGGCAGAUCGAGUGCGUUCCACAUAUAGAUUUUCUAACGAAUCUUGUUUAUUGCAGGUUUACUGUGGUCUACUAGAAAUUGCAUUCCCACUGAGUAUGUGUCUACGUUUACAGCAUUUUAAACUUCUUGUUGCAAUAUGUUUAAACCAUGUGCGUUUUGUAUAUCAGUGCUUUCAAAGGCCACCAAAAUUUUUACAAAAACUGUUGCCUCUAUACGAUGACGACGAAGUAGAGGGAAAUAAUGAAAGACUGAAUGAUGUUUCUAAUAAUACUAGCAACAAUAAAAUGGAUUUUGAGACAACUGAACAGAGUUCAACAACAAAUUUGGCAACUAAAUCGAAUAUUUCAUCAUCCUCAACAAUAACAGCAGGGCACAAUAACACCACAGAUUUAACAAGUGCAAGAUGCGAAUGUUAUGUGAAAUUAUGCCUGAGCGUAGUGACAUUGAUCUUUCAACUUCUUAGACAAUGGUUACUGCAUAAAAAGGAACAUUGUACUUUGCAGGUGGCCGAAAUUUCACGUUUAUCCGUGCAACUAUUGCAUGUCAUAUUUUGUGACAACUAUUUGACAUCUUUAUUUAGAGAGUCUGAGGAAACGACAAAACAUUAUCUGUGCUUAAUCAUUAAAUGGUGGUCAGAUAACUCCAAACAACUACAAUUUAAUGAUAUAAAUAUGAAAUUUUUACAAAAGCUACGAACUUCUCAUGUCUUGCCUAAGGACAUAAACGCUGAAGCAAACUACCAUAAUCUGUAUGUUGAUUUGUCGGAGUGGCAAAAAUGUACUACUAAUGACAAUGUAAACCAUUUAAAACCACCCAAUAAUGCCGAUGAAGCUGACAAUUAUGCCAGUAAAUUAAAUUUAAUUCAAGAUGCUUCAAAUCAAAAAAAGUUUUUUGAAAGUCUUAAAGGUUUUGCCUUUAAUUUUCAGUGAUUUUGUAUGUACCAUGCUACAAUAAUACACAAGGUAGAAACAUUAGGGAGAGUUUUCAAUAUUUAUCCCUGGAAAGUCAAGCUAAGAUUUUAAUUUAAUCACUUUUUUAUUUAGUUAUCGCGAUAUUUAAUAGAUUUAGUUUAAACAAAACUAGAAAUAAACAAUUUUUUCUUCACGCGCAAUAAACUUGGAAUUAAUUAUGUUCUUAACGGUCAAAUUCUAUUGCCAAUACCUGAACGUAUUUUCUAAUGUGGCUACCUUAUAUUGUUGUGCCCAUGGUGUGUACUAUAUAAUAAUAAUUGUUAUUUUGUUAAAUUAAAAUCAUUAAGUUUUUUUAUUGUUAAAAUAUGUCUUUAAUAAAAAAUAUUAAAGUGGAGAAAUUUUUUAUUAAAAAGAAGAAAAAAUACAAAUUUUUCUAAUUUGCAUGAACAUUUUUUGUUUUGGUUAAAUACCUGGUUACAUUCCUUUAAAUAUAAACAACAUUUACAAGUUUGUAAAAAAUUUAUUUUUUUAUUGCUGUACGCUAUAAAAGUAUAAAAUGUAGGUGUGUGUUUGUAUAUAACUCUAGUUUAAAUACUUUUUGAAUAAAUAUGAUGAUGAGAA